AUUUCACUUGUUUUUGAAAAUAGACCCAUCAUUCACUUGAUAAUAAAUAGUAACGAUUUAAUUAAAAACCCUAAAUUAACAAAGUUUGAAUCGAACUUAACUGAACUUUCCUUAAAAAGCAAAACUUGGUCGAAAAACGCAACCGGGGUUGGUCUUUGCCAGAAACAGAUUUCACUAUAUACAGGUCUGGCGUAUAUCAAAGAUAGUUUAAUCAACCAAGUCUUUGUGUGGCAUAAAACACGAGAGGUUUAUUACUGUCUUUAUUUGGCAAAAAUGACAGAAAUCUUUAGCUACACUGCUUACAGGCAGUUAUCUCAGAUGUUCCUUGCAGUUAUUUUCUUUCAUGUUUCAGAAUAUUUUCUAGCUGCCGUCAUUCAUGGGAAAUCAAGUGUAACUUUGAAGUCCCUUUUGAUUAGCAAACACUAUCUUUUUGCAAUGAUAUUUUCAUUGCUAGAAUAUUUAAUCGAGAUUGCUUUAUUCCCUGAUUUAAAGGAACAUUGGGUUAUCAGUGAUUUCGGGUUGGUAUUGGUCGUUAUAGGGGAAAUUAUAAGGAAGAUAGCAAUAAUAACAGCAGGCCAAUCAUUUACUCAUAUUAUAAGAGUUCGUCCUGAUGAACAUCACCAAUUGGUUACAUAUGGUAUAUAUAAAUUUAUUCGUCAUCCAGGGUAUUGUGGUUUCUUCAUUUGGGCUGUUGGAACUCAAAUAAUGCUCUGCAAUCCUUUAUCGACUAUUGGAUUUGCAGUUGUUGUCUGGAAGUUCUUUUCUACCCGAAUACCUUACGAGGAAUACUUUUUGAGACAGUUUUUCGGAAUGCAGUAUGUUGAAUAUGCCCAACAAGUUGUGUCUGGGGUGCCAUUUAUAAAUUGAAAACCAGUCAGUUCUGUGAGAUGACUUAUUCUGGGUACUGUUGUAAUCUUUGAUAACUUAUUCAGGAAGAAAAAUGUUAAAAUCAUGACUAAUAAAAGGUCAUAUUAAUGUUCAGUGCCAUUCCAUUGGAUAUAAAUAUUAUAAAUUUGUUUGGA